AACUUAGUCAAAUGUGAGGUCCAAGAGAGAGAAAUCAAGAAAGGGAGAGAAAGAGAAUGGCAUCAAUGGCAUCAAUGGCAGCAACCGGUAGCUCAGCCACUGUUGUUAGAGCAACUCCAUUCUUGGGCCAGACCAAAUAUGCCAACCCUCUUAGAGAUGUAGUUCCCAUGGGCUCUGCCAAAUUCACCAUGAGUAAUGAAUUGUGGUAUGGACCUGAUUGUGUCAAGUACUUGGGACCCUUUUCUGCUCAAACUCCUUCCUACUUGACUGGAGAAUUCCCCGGUGAUUACGGAUGGGACACAGCUAGUUUAUUAGCUGAUCCUGAAGCCUUUGCAAAGAAUAGAGCUCUUGAGGUCAUCCAUGGGCGAUGGGCCAUGCUUGGGGCACUGGGUUGCAUUACUCCAGAAGUUCUUGAGAAAUGGGUGAAAGUGGAUUUCAAAGAACCAGUAUGGUUCAAAGCUGGAGCCCAAAUCUUCAGUGAAGGAGGACUGGACUAUUUGGGCAACCCAAACCUUGUCCAUGCUCAGAGCAUUCUAGCAGUUUUGGGCUUCCAAGUAGUGCUAAUGGGCCUUGUAGAAGGUUUCAGAAUUAAUGGGCUUCCUGGAGUUGGUGAUGGCAACAAUCUUUACCCAGGUGGCCAGUACUUUGACCCACUUGAUCUAGCAGAUGACCCAACUACUUUUGCCGAGCUCAAGGUUAAGGAGAUCAAGAAUGGAAGAUUGGCUAUGUUUUCCAUGUUCGGAUUCUUCGUUCAAGCUAUUGUCACUGGCAAAGGCCCUCUUGAGAACCUUUUGGAUCACCUUGACAACCCUGUUGCUAACAAUGCAUGGCUUUAUGCAACUAAGUUUGUUCCUGGCUCUUAAAUUUUACAUUUUGACUUCCUCCACAAGAGGCUUGUACCACUGAUUCAUUCAGAAUGCAAAUAUUGGGCAGAUGAAAACUAUUUUACCAUGUGAUAAA